AUGUCUCCAGCUAGCCAAGUUAACAUUGCUGUCAUUGGCGCCGGCGGCGUCGGCAAGUGCUUCCUGUCCCAGCUCCAAGGCCUGGCUGCUCGCAAGCCCUCGCCCAAGCUGAACCUCGUCUACAUCGCCACGAGCCGUAAGGCAGUGUACAACGACAACUUUGCGCCCAUUGACGUCGGCAGUGCCAUUGACACCCUCGCGUCGUCCUCCAAGACACCCCACGCCCUGCCCGCGACUGUCGACUACCUCUCCGGCUCGCCUCACCCGGUCGUCCUCGUCGACAACACCAGCUCGCAAGAUGUUGCGGACCUGUACCCAUCCUUCCUGCGCAAGGGUAUCUCUGUCGUGACCCCCAACAAGAAGGCCUUCUCUGGGUCCUACAAGCUGUGGCAGGAAAUCUUCUCGGCUGCCUCUUCGUCCGGUGCCAAGGUCUACCACGAGUCGUCCGUCGGUGCUGGGCUGCCCGUCAUCUCGACCCUGAACGAGCUCAUUGACACUGGCGACAAGGUCACCAAGAUUGAGGGUGUCUUCAGCGGCACCAUGUCCUUCCUCUUCAACUCCUUCGCCCCCGUCGCCGGCCAAGGCGGCAAGUGGUCGGCCGAGGUCAAGAAGGCCCAGAGCCUGGGAUACACCGAGCCCGACCCCCGCGACGACCUGAACGGUCUUGAUGUGGCCCGCAAGCUAACCAUCCUCGCCCGUAUUGCCGGCAUCCCCGUCGAGUCGCCCGAGAGUUUCCCUGUCCAGAGCCUGAUUCCCAAGGAGCUCGAGUCCUGCAGCAGCGGCGACGAGUUCUUGAAGAAGCUGCCCGAGUUCGAUUCGCAGAUGGAGGAGGUCAAGGCCGAGGCCGAGAAGGCAGGCAAGGUCGUUCGCUUUGUCGGCAGCAUCGAUGUCGGCAGCAAGAGUGUCAAGGUCGGUCUGGAGAAGUUUGAUGCAUCGCACCCCAUUGCUGCCCUGCAGGGAAGCGACAACAUUAUCAACUUCUACACCGAGAGGUACGGGUCGAACCCGCUCAUCGUCCAGGGUGCAGGUGCCGGUGGUGAUGUGACGGCUAUGGGUGUGACUGGCGACCUUCUCAAGGUGUUGAGGCAGAUUUCGUAG